AUGCCUCUUCUUCCACAUGUUUCACUCGUUGGUAAUUCCUAUUCAUCAUCAUCAUUACCAUCACCACCAUCCAUGAUGCAUCAUCUCGUGACAGCAACCUAUCUCGAUCCAAAGAAAUAUUCAACAUUUAUCAAUAUUUGGAUUUAUUUAGGAAUAUUAUAUGGUGUACAAUAUUUACAAUAUUUAUAUUUAAAUUCAAAAAGUAAAAAAUGGAAAUUAAAAUUACAACACUGGAGUAAUUUAAUUAAGAAAUAUAAAUCAGGAGAAUUACAACACUAUGAAUAUUCAUCAUUUAAAUAUGAUUUAUUACCACAAUCUGUAUAUAAUACAUUACUUAUAUUCUCAAAAGCAUAUUUAGAAGGUCGAAUAUCUGAAGACGAUCAAGAAAAAUCAUCUUUGAAAUUACCUCCAAAUGUAUUGUUAGGAGCAUCUUUUAUUAAUUCAUUAGAAAAUGUUAUAUUUGAAAAUAUGAAUACUACAAGUGUUAACACGAAUAUUCACAAUGUCCAUAUGAACAAUCAUACAAUGAAUGCCUCUCAUCUCAAUACAUCUAUGGAUGAGAAGUAUCAAAAAGUGUUAUCCGUGAUCACUCCCAUCGAUGAAACACUUCAAGAAGGGAAUUCAAGUUCAGAACAACACGUGACAACAGUAUCAGAUUCCAUGAAUACUUCAUCUUUUGAAACAAUGGCUCAAUAUGCUACUCAAACUAUUAUGGACAAGUAUGAACAAUUAUUAGAACAUACAGAAUAUUCUUAUCAACAUUAUUAUGCUCAUCAAUUACCUCCAUGGAAAUCGAAAUUUAUUAAAUCUUCAAUAAGGUUUCCAUCAACGAGACAAGAAUUAGAAAAUGAAUUGAAAGCUCUCCAAUCCAAUGACAAGGAUGAAACCAAUUUACCAAAAGGAGAGCAACCAAAUGAAUUUGCAAAAUAUUUAUUUGAUGAAUUUUUAGAUGGAAUGGAUCCAUGGUUGAAUCACGAGUUGGCAACACUCACAAAUACCAAUGCCAUUCAAACUUCAACUUCCUCUAAGAACAAGUCAUCUCUUAUGAAUGUCUUGAAUCCUUUGAGAAUUCAUUACAUUCUGAAUGACAUUGAAAACGAUCGAAAGAGAAUUAUAAGGCACGCCAUUGAGUCUCUCAAGAAUUUCAAAGAAACAGAAUAA